CUUGCACUCUGGCGCUGCUGCUUCCAGGCUGUUUGGUCCAAGCCCUGAGUUUCACCUGGUUCCGGAAAGAUGGCUCCUCAAGGGGCUUCGCUGUGACCCUGAUCCAUGUCCUGCAGCUGGGAAUCCUGACCAGAUAGACUGGGAAUUAAAGAAAACAACACAUUGUGUUUCCCACCAUGAAAAUUUCAUUAAAAUGACCUGGCAAUGGUACAUGACACCUAAAAAAAUAGCCAAAUUUGAUAAUAAAACAUCCCCAUUAUGUUGGAGGAACUGUAAUCAAGUGGGUUAUUUGAUGCACAUUUUCUGGCUCUGCCCAAGGAUACAAAAACUUUGGGAAGAAUUGGAAAAAUUCCUUGGACAAUUACCCGUGUCACUUACUCAGAUACCCCCAGACAGGUGGGCUGCCUUCGGGUGGUGCUACGAGGAAAAAGAAAUGAGCCGGGGAAUGAGCGAGAGCUGCUGAUGCAACAGGGAGAUGCGGCCCUCCUGCGGCUUGUGGAAGCUCUGCUCCAGGCUCUGCCUCACUUGCUGCUACAGACUUAUAUCUACCUGACCUUGGAAUAUACCAAUGUUUAUGCAGUCAUCAGCGCGUUGAUGUCCCUGCUUUCGCUCUCCUGGGCCCUGGUUUCUUACAGCCGAUUCCUUUGCCUCCUCAAGCCCGGACACCUCUCCAUGCCCUGGGCCUCGCUACUCUGCCAGCUGCUUUGGAGGGCCGGAAUGAUCGGUACUAGGGCCCUGGCCUUGGCGGUGUUUGCCAGGGUCUAUCACUUCUGGGUGUUUGCUGUGGCAGGUGCCCACUGGCUGGUCAUGUCCUUCUGGCUAGUAGCCCAGCAAACGGACCUCAUCUCCAGACCCUGCUAUUGGAAGUUGUUCAAUGCCCUAGUUGGUGCCGUCUACGUCUUCUGCUUCCUUAAUGUCAGAGAUGGACCUUCAAGGUACCGCGUUGCCAUCUUUUAUACGGUUAUGCUGAUAGAAAAUGCAGUUCUGCUGCUGCUUGCUACGGACUUCCUGCAGGAGGUGCUGUGGAGCAACGUCAAAGUGACUGUGGCUGUGAUGAGCGGAUUCCUUAUUGGUUGUGCUGCAUUGAUUAUAUACUACACCCUGCUGCACCCCAAAUCCACACAAAUAUCCCAGAGCUUUAGGAAAAUGGCGCACGUAGUCAGAACAAAGCGAGACGCCUUUCCACGAAACAACCGACAUGGAGCCGCUAAAAGAGAUGAUAGUGAUGCCUUCAGGAGCGCUGCUUCUAAUCUGAAGUAUAGGAACAAGGAAACCACAUCCGAUGUCGAGGGCCUUGUUCACUGGCUCCAGAAAUCCAGCAGGUGCCAUUACUGGCUGCUCUUAAAGCUGGCCAUGAAAACCGGCAACAUGUCCAAGAUCAACGCAGCUUUUGGUGACUGCGAUUUUGGCUUGACCUUUUCUCCGAGCUGUCCAGAAGAUAUGCCAAAUGGUGACCAUCACCAUCAAACGGAAUCUCCUGAUUUUGUAAUUUUAGAGUCGGAAAAGUGGGUUUUUGGAAAGACGGAUGUUGAAUCCUCAUCUUAUGUCACUCUGGGUAAAUCUGGUGCAGAAGACAACAAGGUCAACCAAGCUCGAGAAGUACGGAAUCCUGGUGUUUCUCAGAGCAGCAGAGACGCUCCCCAAGUGAAUGGAACCUUGUACUUCAGCGCAAAUACAGAAGACAUUUUACAUUCUGCUAAAGAGCUGGGGUCUGUACUUGAGCAGCCUGGUGCUGGUUUCGUAGAACCCAUUCAAACCCCUACAAAAGAAAUCCCGGCACAGGAAAAAAUGCGCACCGAGAUGUAUCCCGUCAUAUGUGUCAGCCCUAUCCUAACUUUGGCCACCAACAGUAACUUCCAGAGGAGCAUUGCCCCCGAUGUAGGAAGCCUGUGUGACGAGUCUUCUUUAUCUAAUGAUGAUGCCGAUAUUACGGAAACGGAGGAACCACUUAUGGAGAAAGAACGACUUUUAUUGCCUCCUGGGCUUCUAGCCCCAUCUUUGAGAGGGAGAUUGGUUCAGGAGGAGAAGCCCUGUUUCACCUCCACCCCUAAACCCCAGUCCACAAGCCUUGAACCUGGGUUACGGGAGGACAGUAAAAUAAAGCGAAAAUUGCUUGAGCCAUAAGUGACCGUGUAGUGGACCGGGUUUAUCACAUUUGGAAGUGCCAAAGUUCUUGCAUACUGGAAUCCUGAAUGGGUACAUACAAAGGAACGUUUCCUUUGGGCGGUACUGGGAAGCAUAUCACAUCUGUAAUAUGUUUUCUGUAGUGUGGGUAGGAAGCACCUGGUUGUGCGAUGAGUCAUUUAUCAUGUACACGUGUGUUUGCUAUGGGCAGAUAAGUUUUAUCAUGUCUGUAAUGCCAUUGAAAUUACCAUCUUAGGGGUUAAUACAGGUACUAAAAUGCCUGUAAAACAUAUUAUGCUUACAGAGACUUAAUAAUUAAUCCUGAAAUAGCGAAGUUAUUGACCUGAUAAGUAUUUGCGUGGUGUGUUCGUAGCACAUGGGUUAUGUAGUAUGUUUAAAUGCACAACAGGCAGGGGGUGCCCAUCUCUAUUACUAACGACAAAGCCUCAGCUUUAGAAAAUAAUCUAUAUAUUUGUACUAUGCGGUCUUAGUAUCAAGACACUCCGUGUAUUAUUGCUUCUAUGAGUAAGCUGAAAAGAACCACUAUCUGCUAUUUGUCUCAUCUGCUUUCUCUUAGCAUGGACUCUCUAACAAGAAAACUUCCGGCGACUUCGGAAAACUAAGCACCGCGUGUGCCAUGCCGCAGUCGUUUUUACAUUGUAGCAGGCGGAAGCAGUUCGAGGGGAGAUUAGUCGCCUCAAAGAAGAGGUGAUUAGUCGCCGGGAAACCGAAUCUCACCAUGUGAGAUUACCCUAAGGGCAAAUUCAGGGCUUAAAUUUGCAAUAUAAACCCCCAUUUUUUUUAAUCUGGCCUCAAUGAAUAUGUCUUGUGUUGAACAUAUGUUUUGCCUUUUAUUUAUAACAUAUUGGUCAUUAACCAAAUCAAUGGUUUUUGCUCUUGCUCUAGACAAUGUUUAAGCCUCUUUCCAAAUUCCUGGUUCUGCCAGUCACUGUUUGGAGUAGGUAGUAAAACAAAUUACCAGCUGGUUAAAUCACUCUAUAAUGAACUACUACUCAAAGGCUGCAACUGAUUGAAGGGAGCAGUUUGUUUAUACAGAGCUCAUGCUCGUCUACAAAAUGCUUCUCCAUUAGUGCUUCGUGAUACCAAAAAUGUCAAAAAUACGGAUUUUGUUUUAUUUAAAAAAAAAAAAAAUAGGCAGAACACAUUUUUAGUACAAGCCUUAUUUAUUGUGCAAAGGUUUAUAUGUAGGUGCACACUGCUGUCUUUAAAAGCAAUGGCACAAGGGGAGGAUUCCAAAAGUUUUCUUGCCUGGGUGAUUUGUAGCUCCACAGACCAAAGUACUUACAUCAGGUCAGGUACCUGUGGAAUAGGCACAGAGUGGGCAAGAUUUGGGCAAAGAAGCCCUGAUAGUCUACUAAUAAUAGUAAGGAUGCACCGAAUCCAGGAUUCGGUAUGGGAUUCGGCCGAACCCUUCUGCCCGGCAGAACCUAAUCCUAAUUUGCAUAUGCAAAUUAGGGGCAGGGAGCAGAAUCGUGAGACUUUUUGUCACAAAACAAGGAAGUAAAAAAUGUUUCCCCCUUCCCACCCCUAAUUGGAAAGUGCAAAUUAGCGUUCGGUAUUUGGCCGAAUCUUUCGUGAAGGGUUUGGCAUAAUCCAAAGUAGUUGAUUCAGUGCAUCCCUAAAUAAUAGUAAUAAUAUAUUUAUUUGAAUGAAUAAUAAUAAAAAGAAAAAUUAGAAAAAGAGAGCGAUCCUUUAAUUUAGCUACACAGAACUCUGAUAUUGACUAAAAUUAGCUGAAAAUAUCCCCGAUAUUUUGUAAUUGCACCACUGUCAUAACGUCAAAUCACAUGUACUGUAUAUCUUCACCCCCAAAUUAAGUUGAUCAAUGGGAGGAUCAAAUGUUGUGCAGUCACAUGACAUGUCACAUGGCAUGCCAAGUUCUGACAGUUGGACCCUCUAUAUGGGGCCUGGUGGCUGCUUUUCUCACUGUUGAUAGUGGGCAUUUACCGACAGACAUUUCAAUUCUUUUCAUUCCACUGCUUGUGUAGGAGUUUACAUUGCUCUAUUGUCUUAUGAUUCAUUAUUACUUAAAGGAUCAGUAACAUAAAUUUAAAAAAAAAAUUGUUGGUAUAGAAUGAAAAAAAAAAAACCACAACAAAUUAAACUUUUAAAUCGCUAAGUCUUUAUUAAGAAAUAACUUACAGAAACUCGGUUUUCGCUCCUCUUCAGAAAAGGCGACACGACCAAAAUCCCGAAUGAUUUCAGCAAUUUUAAAUUUUCCCACUCAAACUCGUGUAUUUCGGUUUUUGCCAUUUGAGGUUUUCCUAAAAUAAGCAUUAAAAAAAAAACACUACCUUUGAUAAAUAACCACCAAGGUGUUAAUGUCCCCCAACAAUUUCUUAAUUCAUCCUGCCUACAACUGCUGCACCUUGGAAUGCCAGUGUGCAGAACCGUUGGUAGUCGCCCAUUAGGACUUUCUAAAGAUAAGCUGUGGCUGCACUCCACUGAAAUGUUGUCCUUAAUGGCCAGUAUUUCAUGAUAAAUGGAAUAUUUGCUUGACCAAUCACUUUUAAGCAAAGAAUCUGACAUGGCAGCCUCUUGAGUUACUCCGCAAGAGAAUCAAUAUACAGCUUCGAUUGUCUUCAGAUUCAGGAACUGGUCUGAGAUAUGUAAAGCAAGUAGUCCAGUUGUGCUCCAGUCAACUGGUUUGGAAACUUAUGAUAUAAAGGUCCCGGAUAUUUCUAUACUUGUUAGAUUGUUAGUAUUUGUGUUACUUCUGAGUAUUAUGAAGGAAAUGCUGAGAAUAGAUACUGCCUUACCCAUUGAUUGGGUUAUUUAUUGCUCCCCCAUUUGGCACCUUUGUCUUAUUCUCAGUACUCCAUAUAUGUAAUUCUAAUUAAACCGUGUUUAUGUUUUAGCUAGAAUAUUUUUGCACGUCAUAAUAAUAAUAACCAUGAAUACUUUAAAAGGGAAAUGCAUCCUAAAACAUAUGCUUGGUUUUAUAUGUAUCAUGAAUGAAAUGGGCAGGCACAGCUCGAGGUUUAAGCUUACAGUAGUCUGGGCAUUCUGACCCGAUUUUCAAGCGACCGUCGUCUGGACUCAGUUUAGUUGUCUUUCAAGCACGUGGCAGUCAGUGGUUUUCAGCACUAAUAUGUGGGUCGGGAUGAUUGCCAUUGGCCUGAAUGGGGGCAUUUCAGAAGUCUACGCCCAGAUAAAUAUUGAUUCAUUCUGAUUUUUUUUAUAAUUAUUCUAUAGACAUAUAACUAUAUUUAGUUAUUUAACACAUUACUGUAGGCUGGAAUAUGUGAGCUAUCGUUUGCAUGCAUUAUCAUGUAUGUUAUACUGUAUAUUAUAUAUACUAAUAUCUAUGCUUGCCAUUGCUUUUCUGGGUUCUUUGCUUUUACCUCCCAGAUCAGCUUUGGUCAGGCUUGUAAUUGCUGUGGAACAGGUUAAUCCAUAAAUAAAAGAAAUGUAAUA